UGCGCACCUGAGUUCAGCCACAGUUACACUCCUGCCAUGGAUGUUGACACAGAUUGUUCCCAACCAGAGUCUGACCAAAGCCUCAAGUCUCCAAAGAGUGCCCCACUGGAUCUGAUCGACACGGGAAAAGGCCUGAAAGUACAAACAGCCACGCCUCAUCUGGUCAGUCUGGGCAGCGGGAGGCUCAGUGUGGCCAUCACUGUACUACCUCUGAAGGAAGGAAUAACGCGCAUCGGCCGUGAUGACGCCCCUGUGCCUCAGGACAUCACCAUUAACGGCCCCGGCAUCGAAGCCGAGCACUGUAUCAUCGAGAACAGAGGAGGAGUCAUUAUUCUCAACCCCUGCGGACAUCUUUGUUCACUAGACGGAGUCCCUGUGACCAGACCCAUCCCGCUAACUCAAGGUUAUUCCUUGUGUUUGGGUAAAUCCUACUUCUUCCGUUUCAACCACCCGGAGGAGGCCAACCGAAUGAAGAACAUGCUUCCUCAGAAGAGUCCCGUAUCUCCGCUGGUCUACAGCACAGAUUACAUGAAGUUCAGCAGCGAUUUCAGUCACAGCGUGGGCAGCCCGAGUUCCAGAGACAUGCGGUCCGUCUCAGAGCUCCAAGAAUUGAUGGACACCCUCCAGAGGAAGAAACAGGCUCUGGAAAACAGCCUCCGCACCAACGGAGACAGUAGCCCGUCUUACUUCAGCAUGAGGCAGUCUCCCCCUGCCACACCUAACACCUCAAGCCCCAUGUCGUUUUAUCAGGAGCAAGCCAGACGCCUGUACACCUCGGAAAGGCCGCCUCUCGGAUUCAGAAGUCCCGUCCAGUCGUCUAGCAGCAUGCCACCCUCGCCACGCCGCUCUGACCCCAGAGAACUCAACGGAUCACUUUCUCACUCGCGACCAAUGAGUCGCAACCAGUCCCAGGACAGUCUUCUAAGUGUUCCGGAUAUCCGUCGUGCCCAAACGCCAAGCUCUGUGCUCUCCUUGUGGAAUGGUUCCACCUCCCCAGUGGGGGAUUCCCUUCCUCCAACGCCAGUGGGUAACAGCGGGGCAGCUAGUAUGCCCUCCAGCCCACGGUUGGCACGCAGGUUUCAAACGCAGGACGCAGGCCGUCCAGAACCGGCACCUCGCCAAAGGAAGUACUCGACUGGUUCCCUUACAGGCAUGGGAAUAGUCACCCACAGUCGCUCCCUACCUCGUUUAUACAGGCCAGGUGAGGCACAACUCGCCCCUCUGACCCAACCUUGGCCCCGCUCUUCGAACACCCUCGAGCCUGGGCAUCAAAACGGCAAUUCGGAUGUUGUCUCCAUCUCCCUGUCCACCAGGUCCAACUCCAGCUCCAGCUCCAAACCGACUCCCCCUCGUCCCGACGUGAUUGUGCCAUCGAACGCGAGCACGAGCCCACGCCAGGUCAAGAAAGUAAGCCUAACGUCCAGCAGCUCCUACUCGGAUUUGGAGAGUCAGGUCUUCUCGUCGCCGACCCCCGAGCUGGGAAUAGGUGAGAGGAGGCAGUCGUUUGGAAAGGCAGGGAUCGGCCCGCAAGGCUUCCGGGAAAGGAAGGGGAGCAUCAGCUCGCUCAGUGGGAAGGAAGAGCUUCAGGAUUAUCACCAGAGACAGAGAGACGAGAGACUGCGAGAGCAGGAGGUGGAGAGACUGGAGCGUCAGCGUCUGGAGACCAUCCUGAACCUGUGUCUAGAACGGGACCGGAGCGGCUCAGCCGUGGCCGACCUGCAGAAGAUCAACAAGGAGCUGGAGAAGCUGCAGGUAACCGAGGAGGAAACCGUCUUCUCUGAUUCUGUGGAAAAUGGCUUUGGGGAGAGCCAAAGAGAUGUCAGGGCGGAGUUAAGUGCUUUGGGUCCACGCAGCUCCACCCCUACUCCGUCCCCUCGACAAGCACGGAACAAGGUAUUUGAGGAGGAGGUGCGGUCGAAGCAGGAGGUGACGCGUAUAGAAGAAGAAAGGAUCCAGGUGUUCAAUAACAUGGAGGAGCUGGAACAGAAGAUCAAAGAGCUGGACAACCAGAUGGACGAGUCAGAAAGCGAGGCGGAGGUGGAGCGUGCCCUGUUGGAAGGAGAGCAGGAGUCCGAGAUGGCUCAGCUGCAGCAGGAAAAGGAAGCGCUCGAGCAGCUCAAGGACAAGAUGGCGGACCUGGAGAAGAAGGUGCAAGACGAGAAGACUCAGGAUAAAGCCCAGCUCGAUGCCGAGCGGGCAAAGGUAGAGCGCCUGAAUGAACAGCUAGCCGAGCAGCGCGCUCAGCUCGACACGUGUCCCGAAGCCCUGAAAGAGCAGCUUCUCCUCCAGCUCUCCAGGGAUGCCGAAUCUCUGGAAGUAGAGACCAAGCGUUUCGAAGAUCUCGAGUUCCAGCACCUUGAGAAGGAAAGUCGGCAGGACGAGGAGAAAGAGGCGCAAACCCAGCAGAUCCUCCGAGAGAUUGCAGAGUAUCAGCGGAGCACCGUAAACCGAAAGGAGAAGCUGUUAGCUCUGAAGAAGCAAUCCACACAGAUAAUCCAGCAGGCUCAGAAGGAAAAGGACAGCUUCAUGAUGGAGAAGAACAACCUCCUGAUGAUGCUUCAGCAGGAGAAGGAGAACCUCGCCAGCUUGGAGAAGAAGUACGCAGAGCUUACGGGUGGCCAGAGCUUCCCUGUGAAUCCCCUCAGAAUGAAGGAGGAUAGCUUCUUAUUGGCUGAUGUGUGUCAGUCUUGCACUGAUCUUAACCAAAUCCACCGCCUCUCCUUGCUUCCUGCCAAUCUCUUGGCGUUUUCCUCUCUCCUCUCCACGCUGUCCAUCAAGAGCGUCGAGGGUUAUGUCACAGUGAGUGAGCUCAAUGAACUCUAUUCCAACCUGGGGGUCGAGCCCAUUCCUGACCCACCUAGCGCCCCAGAACACCCCUCCCCCGAUGCCCUCGGCUCAGAAUCCGAACCCGAACUUGACCCUAGCCCCGAAGACUGCAGCUCCCCUUUCAGGGAGAACGAGCUCUGUGUCCCUUCCCGCCCUCCUUCUGUCCCUAACCCCCCCUCGGUGCACUGGCCGGAGGACAUGGUGACCUACCUCGGCCCUUCUCCUCUCCCUGAUUCUCCUUCUCCUCCUCCUCUCCCUGCCAAAAAGCACUCACUCUACAGGCAGCAUUUCCGAAAUCUGGAGGAAAGGAAACGACUGAUCAAGGAAGGGCAGUGUGACACGCUCCCUCGGAAAAAGUCCCAGCCUGCAAUCAACUCGCAGUUCAACUGUGCCACGCUGGGCCGCAACACGCCGUCCAAAUGUCAUCUGCCUUUGGCGCAGAGCUCCAGCUGUGGCAGCGUCCUGCACCGGUUCCUCACGGUGUCGUCUAAAGAGCCAGAAACACGCCGCCUACAAAAGGGUCACAGUCAGCAGCUGGUAGCAGAGGACCGGGCGAGACUGACCGAACUCGCCGGCCGUGCCGCCUCUCAGUCCAACGUCUACCUGGACUCUAUGGGUUACCGCGACAACGGCUUCGACACAUUCAGCGUGGACAGCUCGGACAGCAUGGAGACCAGCAUCUCCGCCUGCUCGCCGGAUAACAUCUCCAGCGCCAGCACCUCCAACGUCUCCAAGAUCGAGGAGAUGGAGCGGCUGCUCAGAGAGGCUCAGGCUGAGAAACAUCGGCUUCUGGAGCACCGGGAGCGAGAGAUAGAGGUGCGGCGGCAGGCGCUGGAGGAGGAGCGCAAAAGGAGGGAGGAUCUCGAAAAGCGGCUGCAGGAGGAAACCAGCAGGCGACAGAAACUCAUCGAGAGGGAGGUGAAGCUGCGAGAGAAACAAAGAUCCCAGUCUCGCCCGCUGACCCGCUACCUGCCCGUAAGGAAGGACGACUUCGACCUGCGCACCCACAUCGAAUCCGCCGGGCACAACAUCGAAACGUGCUACCACGUCUCCAUCACGGAGAAGACCUGCCGCGGCUUCCUCAUCAAGAUGGGCGGCAAGAUCAAGACCUGGAAGAAGCGCUGGUUCGUCUUCGACCGCAACCGCAGGACGCUUUCGUACUACGCGGAUAAACACGAGGCCAAGCUGAAAGGAGUCAUCUACUUCCAGGCCAUAGAGGAGGUGUAUUAUGAUCAUUUAAAGAACGCACACAAGAGCCCGAACCCGUCGUUAACAUUCAGCGUGAAGACUCACGAUCGGGUUUAUUACAUGGUGGCGCCGUCUCCUGAAUCCAUGCGGAUCUGGAUGGAUGUGAUAGUCACCGGGGCGGAGGGAUACACACAGUUCAUGAUCUAGUACUGCUUUAACAUCAGUGGUGACGUCCAGAUCUUCGUCCAGCAUCUAGGACUGGUGGGAUUGGUUACUUGGAGCUGUACCUCUCUAAUGCAAACACGUUAUUAUAUAGACGCUAUUGGACAAUCCAGCUCCAGUGGUGGACUGUGCCUUAUUCCAUCAAAACACACCAAGACUAGGACUACUUUUUUAUCUAGUGUGAUGAAACCUUAACCUCAGUGGUGACGUCCAGAUCUUCGUCCAGCAUCUAGGACUGGUGGGAUUGGUUACCUGGAGCUGUACUUCUCCUCUAAUGCAAACACGUUAUUAUAUAGAUGCUAUUGGACAAUCCAGCUCCAGUGGUGGACUGUGCCUUAUUCCAUCAAAACACAC